AUGGCUUUUGCACUCAAAUCUCUUUCCCUAUCCUUCGUUUUGCUGCUUGGCUUGAUUCUUCUCCUUCAACUCUACGAUGGCCUUAAUGGUGCAGAAACGACCUUCUCCUCUGUCGCUGCAUUGAAAAAAUUCAACAACAGGAAGUUAUUGGUGGUGAAUGAUUUGCAAGCAAAGGAAGCAAUUUUCAAGAUUCAGGGGAAGAAAGAGGAAGAGGAGGGUUGGGAACUAAGGGCAGCUCCGUUAGGUCCGGACCCUCUUCACCAUCAUGGUGCUGACCCAAAGAAGCCACGAACUCCUUAAGCCAAAAUGAUGUCUUAUUACUUAAGAGUUGAGACCAUCUUUUUUGGCUGUUACGUUGCAGAUAUAGUAUAAUAUAUACAUGCAAUGACGAUAGGCGGAUGGAUGAAGUUUUUGGUUGACUUUUAUUUUUUGUUUUGUUUUGUG